AAAUCAUUAUUCGCGCGCAAAUCGUGGGUUUGAAAGCUCUCUUGGCGCUUCAAACCCUAACACAUCAACAAGUUACGUAGCAAUUUGAUCUAGUGACGUUCAAAGAUUUCGAUCGCUUAUUCGAUAAUGGAUAGUCCGCCAACCAAACCAAACCUCGAAGACAGCGGAUGUGCUCUCCUGGAUGGCAACUUGGAAGGCGAGAAUACAAUGCUUGAUCAUUUGGAGAUGUCUGGAAUGGACGAGUCCAAAUCAAGUUUAAAGGAUGAAAGUCCAGUCCAGGAGAAGAGGGGAUUUCAUGCUUUCAUUGCCAGAUGGGAAGAAUCACCAGAGAGGAACAAGUUUUAUGAAAUUUGGGAAAAACACAGCUUGUCAAUUAUCCUGGUUUGUGUAACAGUGGCUUUACUUGUCUACAGCAUUGCUGCCAUUGCUCAUAGUGGAUUUGACAAAGCUAAGCCAUUGUUUGGACUCACCAUGUUUCUGUGGUUUUGCAUGACAUACAUGGUUAUAAGUAACCAUUGUGGAGCAGAAAUCUAUCAAGUGGUUUUGAAGCCAAUUGCUGAGGCAUUCAGCAGCCGAUGGCGUUAUUUGAAAUGGAUUCUUUUGGUUGUUGUGGUGGUCUUACUGGGAGUAUUUUUUGGAUUGGACACUGCCAAGAAACCUGAGCGUUUUAUUUCCCUUGCUGGAUUGGCUUUGAACAUCCUCUUCUGCUGGAUUUUCUCAAAACACCCAAGAAAGGUUAAAUGGCGACCAGUGAUCUGGGGACUUGCUUUACAGUUUGUGUUUGGCCUUCUAAUUCUUCGCACUAAAUUUGGCUUUGAGGCUUUCAAGGGUGUAGGAAAUCAAGUGACAGCAUUUUUGGAUUACACUAGUGUUGGGGCUGCGUUUGUGUUUGGAACUGGCUACAGAGAACAUUUCUUUGCCUUCCAGGUGCUUCCAAUCAUUAUUUUCUUCAGUUCAGUCAUUUCACUGUGUUACUACAUUGGCAUCAUGCAAGUGGUAAUCAAGAAAAUUGCAUGGCUUAUGCAGAUAACAAUGAAGACAAGUGGUGUAGAGAGUUUAAAUGCUGCUGGUAAUAUCUUUAUUGGACAGACUGAAGCUCCCCUUAUGAUUAGACCAUUCCUUGAACAUGUGACAAUGUCUGAGCUUCAUGCAAUAAUGACAGGGGGAUUUGCUACCAUCGCUGGAAGUGUAUUAGCAGCUUACAUUGAAUAUGGUGUAUCAGCCUCUCAUUUGCUGAGUGCAUCGGUGAUGUCUGCACCAGCUGCCCUAGCCAUUUCAAAGCUUAUGUAUCCUGAAACAGAGAUUCCUGAGACUCUCAACGAGGAAAAUAUUGAACUCCCUAAAGGAAAUGAAAGGAAUGUCAUUGAAGCAGCUGCCAAAGGUGCCAGUACAGCUAUUGCUCUUGUUGCUAACAUUGCAGCCAAUCUGAUUGCUUUCCUUGCCUUUUUGGCAUUUUUCAAUGGUGUUUUGUCAUGGCUUGGAUCAAUGGUUGGAAAACCGGAACUCAGUUUUGAGUAUAUUUGCUCAUAUGUACUACGACCAGUUGCCUUUAUCAUGGGUGUUCCUUGGGAAGAUUCAGAUGUUGUUGCAGAGCUUCUUGGUAUAAAAACCUUCCUAAAUGAAUUUGUGGCUUAUACUCGGCUUGCUACGAUUAUUGAGAACAGAACAAAAAUGACUGGCUUGCGCACCAUUUCGAUACGUGCCGAAAUCAUCACUACCUAUGCUCUUUGUGGGUUUGCUAAUAUGUCAUCCGUCGGGGUUGUGCUUGGAGGUCUGGGGCCCAUGGCUCCUAGUCGUGUGCCGGACAUGUCUAAGAUAGCGGUGAGGGCCCUUGUUGCUGGUACUGUUGCAUGUUUCAUGACUGCUUGUGUAGCAGGCGUCCUUUACGAUGAGAGUUUGUACGAAGGUGUAGUUCAAAUAGCGACGACCGUAGCAGCAAACACAACAACUGCCCCUCCAUAAAUGACAACGGUGUACAACCUUAUUGUAAAUAGCUGAGUAAAUAACGUAGGGGAAGGGAACCUGAUGUUUGGGCAUAUAGAUUUUUUCUUUAUCCUACUGCGAGGCCAAAGAUCUUCUGCAGUUUUUACUGGGAAACUUAUCAACCACCUUACCAAAGUUAAUUGUAACGUGGCAAUGUGAGCUUGAUUUAAGCAAUUUUAUGUUAUCGAGACUUUAACGUUUGAAGAGAAUUUUUCUAGGAAGGUAGAAGCAUAUUAAAUUGUUCUGUAUCUAGAAACGGAAAACCUCAAAUGUUUCUUUCAACACUUAGAAGGUGAAUGCUCUACUGCCCUAGCAUCUUUCCUAGGGCUUUUACUAAUCUGUUUUGCAACUUUCCCCACUGGCUGCCACGAAUUUGCUUUUUAAGAUUAAUAUGUUUUUUCUCAAAGCGCUGCCUCCUGCUGAUAACCUUGCACAUUAUUACCGCUUGCUGGAUAAUGUAUCUAUGUAUUAGGGAGAAGUCACAUAAAUGUUCAUGUGGUUCCCACUAGAAAGCAUUAGAGCGCAUAUGCUCGCUCACGCAGAGUGCGCGGAGGUCUCUUGUCGAAUUUAUUUUAAACAGGGAAGUAUGCUUGUAGGAGGAUUUUAGUUUACACUAUAUUUUUGUGAUGCUUCUUCAUUGAUAGAUAGGAAAUUUUUCAGGAUUUUAAGUAAGUGUGUAAACUAUUCGUUGGAAUAGAAACAGUUAAAUGUGUGAUAUUCGCUCGCUUUUAAUGACGCAGAAUUCAAAAGGAUUCGUACGAGCUAUAACUGAAGGGAAAAAUAAAAUUCAAACAAUUACAAAGUUUACUGUAAACCUCUCAUGAGCUUAGGUUUUUUAUCAGUUUCUAAAUAAAUACACUGGAUAUUUUUUGAAAGAAUAGGGUGAUAUUUUUGCUUAACAAAUUGUCAAGAACUUUUACUGCGGGUUAAACCUAUUAGCAUUCUUAAAAUUUAAUGAAAUGAAAUUUCAAAUACUCUGAUACUUUGAAAAUAAAAUAGGGAAUAGCAAAGAUGA